AUGACAAACGUAUAUGAUCAAUACCCUUCCUUGUCCUCUUCAAGAACAAAUUCUGCUAAUCGGCCUUCGGUUGUUCCUAUAUCGGCCUUGUUAAAUCCUGAACCUGAUAAUGCUCAUGUAGUAUCUCCUGCUUCGACGUCAAAUACUGAUAAUUAUGAAAAUUUUGAGGAUACAUAUUCUAACUCUUCAACAAGUCAACAUUGGAGACGAUUCUCUGCUCCAAAUUUGUCUUCCGAUGUCUCUAAUGAAAAUGGAAAUAAUUUAACUAUAAUCUAUCACAACAACCAUUCAAACGCUAUUACUCCUAUCAGUUCUGAUUCAUCUCUUUCCACCCCUACUUCUCCAAUGUCAAAACAUUCUUCAUAUUUGGGUGGUACUCCUUCAAGAUCUAUGCCUUCAACUCGUAGAUCUUCGAUGAAUAGAUCCUCGGUUUCUGAUCAGAAUUCUGUCAAUAAUAUGAUUACUCCUCCACAAACUCCUGGUGUCAAAUCUCCAACAAAAGCCAAUUUUCAAUUCCCUCCAAAUGCUUCAGAUCAAAAUUCUCAAUCAAUGCCUCCAAAGGUUAAACGUAAACGAAUCACUCAAGAACAGUUGGCUGAUUUGGUUGCUAUGUUUGAACAAACUGAUACUCCAAGUUAUGAUGUUCGUGAAAAAUUGGCUAAAAAAUUAAAUAUGACAAAUCGUGAGGUCCAGGUCUGGUUUCAGAAUCGUCGUGCGAAAGCUAAUCGUGCAAAAGCCAACGAGCAUAAUGCUUCUCAUCAACAUCAUCGAUUCCUGCAUCAUCAUUCUGUUUCAACAGCUCAAGCUGCUGGUGGUCAUGCUUCUUCUAUUGGCAUGAUCAACCCUGGAAAUUUCACAUUUGUUCCAAUGUUUACAAACGGUGGUCCUUCAGCGGGUUGUCCGGCAAAGGGUCGUAAUAAUCGAAGGCACUCUUGUGUUACUUCGACUAUUAAUUCACAGAAAAAGACUACUCAAAAUUCUCCUUUCAUCAGGCAAAGAGCUGCUACUGUUACCGGUGCUCCUAUGACUACUCAUAAUUCUACCUCUCAAAAAAUGGGUAUUCCUCCGUCAAUAAAAAUUUUCUCUCAAGAUCAUCCUCAUACUACUCAUCAUGUUUACGGUGCUCAUACUCAUGGUCAUACUGUUCCUCCUUCACCGGUCUCUCCUAUCUCUCCAACUACACCUAUUUUGCCUCCUCCAAUUCCCUCUUCUCAUUAUAUGUUACCUGGUCUUAAUCCUUGUACUCUUCCACCUCCUAUUGUCCCUCCAAUUAAGGAUUUAAUUAAUCUUGCACCACCUUCUGAUCUAUAUCAACCUGCUCAUCAUUCUUUAACUUCUGUUCAUCAUCAAUCAUAUACUCAACCUCAUCACUCAUAUUCUUCCACUGUUGAAACUCAGUCAACACUUUCACCCGUUGUAUCAAAACCUUCUACUUCUCCAAUUGAUAUCCUUGCUACUGCUGCUGAAUUUGUUCAAAGUGAAGAAAAAGAAAAGGAACGCCUUAGAGCCCUUGAAGCUAUGAAACAGGAUGAUGAGAAUAAUGAUGAUUCUCAGAAAUCAAGCGUCUGGAGACCUUGGUUAGUGUGA